AUGGAAGGGGCCGUUGCGGAGCUCGUGAGCAAGAUCCAGGUGUACGUGUACCCGCGACGAAUUCGCGUCAAGGAGUUCUUCAACGACUUCGAUCCUCUCAAGCAUGGGCGAUGCACACUCAUCAAUUUUGCCAGGGCGGUGAACAUGUUGGGCAUGACGGGGCUGAGUGAGGAGGAAGUCGAUGCGCUAGCAGAGCACUUCACGGAUCAUGGUGCGCAUGUGGCGCCACCGGCGAUUGUGAACUACAUCAAGUUCUGCGAAGCCAUUGACCAGGUCUACAUCGUGGGCAGUCCAGACGAGCAUCACAUGUCCUGUUCCCCCAGCACUACCCAGCUCAUGUCUUUCAAGCCCCAGUCACCGGAAGAGGAGGAAAGGUUCAUGCAUGCUCUCCACCGCUUGGCGGCCCUUUGCAAGGCACGGGGACUUCUCUUCAAACAGGUCUUCUUCGAUAUUGAUCGGGCACCGGUCGCAUCGCCAGCGAGAACCUCCCCGUUCAUGGGUGGGAAGGUGACCAGGGAGCAGUUCAUUAAGAGGUUCCCUUUCAAGAAGGAGUUCCCGCUUGAGGACGUGGAGCUGCUGGCCAACAACUACAUGACGGACAAAGGCGAUGUUCACUUCAUGGCCAUGCACAACGACAUCUCCGAGGUGUCCUCCCAUGAGCCCCCACCCGUGCCUAGGAGCGACCUGGUCCUGAAGCCAGAUGACUCGGAGUGGAGCCAGGGCCUCUACACCAUCGUUGACAAGUUGCGUGCCAAGGUCGUGGAGAAGAGGAUCCGCAUCAAGGAGUACUUCCAGGACUUCGACCACUUGAAGAAGGGCUUUUGCAAGGCCUCUCAGGUCAAGACCGUGCUGACCAUCUGCGACCUUGGGAAGAUUGUCACCGCUGCGGACUACGAAGAGCUCCUGCACCGGUAUGAGCGCGAAGAUGGCAUGUUCUGCUAUGGGGACUUCUGUGCAGAUGUGGACAGGGAGUUCGCGAUGCCAAACCUGGAGAAGGAUCCCCUGGCACAGACCAGCAUGCCGGAUUCAACCUCAACGAUGGUGGCGAGACGUAACAAGGUCCUGCUCUCUCCCGAUAGGUUGAAGCAAUGGGAGUGGCUGGAGAGCAAAAUCCGCUCGAAGGUGCAGAGACAUCGCAUCAACCUCCUGCCGUCCUUCAAGGCUGUGCUCAUGGACAUGGACCGCAGCAACUGCCAGCACAUCACCAAGAACCAGUUCCACCGCGUCAUGCAGAGCAUGGGCUUCGACCUCUCAGAGGAUGACGUGAACCUGCUGGGCAAUGUUUACUGCGACCUGGGAGACCACAUCAUCUUCAACUACGUAGACUUCCUGAAGAGCGUGGACGUGCCCUCAGAAGAUGUGGAGCUGGCCGUCGCCCAGCUGCAGGCGCCCUACAAAGGUGACGAGAUCUCGCACUAUUUCGAUGCAAGGGGAAAGGUGAUCCCGGCGGACAGCGGCAUCGUUGCCUAG